GUCCUACUCUAGAUCUGUUUCUCCAGUCGACAUUAUCCCUACAUAGCUAUUCAACGGGGAGUCCGACUUACACUGGAGGACCAGUCAGGUCAUGGCGAAGACCUGGCAACUUACGUCGGUAGCUGUCUCCAAAUUAAAGACCCUGUACUUCUCCAAGACCUGCAAACUUGACUUCUCAGGAAAGCUGCGGGUGUUUUCAUGUAGGUUGUGCUAGUCGUUAGUAUCCUGAACAAGGAAUAUCGGCAUAAUGGACUGGCUUUGAGAAAGAGGCUCGCGGAAAUACCUAGUGGUUUGAGCAAGCUGUUCAAGGACAUCCUGAGACGCGAUAAGGAGAAUAUGGUGGGUCUCUGUCUUUGCAUCCUUUGGAUUCUCCUUGCAAAACAGCCAUUGCAAUCGCAGGAGUUCUACCAUGCUCUCUGGUCUGGAUUGGCACUAGAAGAUCAGGCUGAUGAGCAAAUCCCUGAUGUCGGCGUCCCAGGUGCCUCGGACAGCCUUAACAGAGUUAACAGAUGUGUUAUGAGCAACUCAAAAGGACUUGCUGAGGUCAGAAGAUCUAAGCAGCCAAUAGUUUAAUUCAUCCAUGAAUCUGUCUGAGACUCCCUCGUCAAAGAAAGGGGUCUACAUGAAUUGUGGCCUGACCUUGGAUUUGAUUAGGAGAGCUUAAGCCAUGAGACACUCAAAAAAUGUUGUGACUCAUACUUGAA